AUGUCUCGCCGAACUCCUGCGACACAUCCCCCUCCCCCCAAGGACCCCAGUACCCCGUCUCGUCGUCGAGCAGUCCCUCGUCCUAGAACUCCUGCAGAUCCUCCUACCCCUGCACGUUCUUCUCGCAGAGCCGCCAGCAAAACUCCACUCCCAAGCAAGUCUUCUUCCCCUCUACCUGCUUUUUCCGAUCGUAUCGCAAAAGCCGCAGAAGAGUGGAAAACUUCCUUCCAGGCCUCGGACCCGGUUUUCUCUUCUAAAGAAACUACCAGGCAAGUUGAGGAAAAGAUUAGUUCAGGUAUCCAACCCUGGGAUCAUUGUCCUUCUGCAUUCUUCCCCACAGUGGCGGCCAGGUUUGGACUGAGUCGUUGGAUACCUGAUCCAAUUCCAGAUAAAGGUAGUCGUGGGCCCGCCUGUAUCGUGGAAGGAGAAAGUGGUUUCAUGUGUCAUACGGGGUCUUUGCCAGCCUUUCUUUACACUUAUCAAAAUCACGCCUGUCCAAACGCCCAGCGUCGAAAAUUCCCCACCCUCAUCUUCAGAUACAAAUUCGAUAAAACUGGCUCCCUAAUCCCUUUUGCCUGUUGGGCAUGUCACACCAAUGUGGACAGCUUUUGCUCUGUUGGAUCUCUGCGGUUGCAAGAGCUCAACUCGCCGUCACAAGUUGCUGGACCGAUAGAUCACGAUCACACAAACAUCAAAGAUUCCGUUGCCGUCAGCAAACGUAAAGCCGACACUGCCCAAUUGGAACUCCCGAUCGGUAAACGGACACAUCUAUCUCAGGAGCCUUCCGAAGCACCUUCAAAAACUAUCGAGGGAGACGCUCUCAUCUUCUCUGAUCGCCAACUACCUCCGCCAUUGCCAAACAGCGAGGAACCCCAUCAAACUUCAGAUCCUGUGGAUCAGCUUCAACCACUUCAUCCUCCACCACUUGUCACUGUCUCCCAGCCGCACGAACCAUCUCUAGCAAGUCCGGUUUCUGUUGUUGAAUCCGACGCCUCACUUCAUCCCAAGAAGCAUGAACAGCCCUCUCAGCCUCUUCGAACUCGGUCAAAGUGGCGUGAAUAUCAUGGUAAACGUCAGUCAAGAUCAUCCAGCCAGAUACCUGAAUCCCUGGCUCCACCUCCCUCAUCGUCAUCUAUUGUGACUGUCAAUGUGCCUCCGCAGAUGCCUCCUCUUACCAUACCGGCUCCCGUGGCCUUGCCGACUCCUCAGUUAGAGCAUCAUGUGGAAUCUAUCAUACCGUCUUCUCUCCCUCCUUUCCCAGCCAACAACGAAUCUCUCACUCCUGCCAAAGACCGAUCCACUCUGUUACCCAAAUUUGACUCCUUCACACCAUCCCAUGAACUAUUUAAAUUGCGUGCAACGCUAGAAAGUCAUUUGUCUGCUCCUGUGGAUCAUGCGACCCAGCAUCUCAUCUCUCUCAAACAAACGCGUCAACAGACGACCGCUAUCCUAGAUGAGCUUUUCACCAAGUGUCGACAAGCGUGGUCAAACGCUGAAAGAGAUCGCGCUGCAAUAGCAGACGUACGAAAUGAAAGAGACAAGCAUGCUUCACAUCUACGUACACUAGACGCUCGUCUCAUCAAUUCUUCCCAGAAGCUGCAGGCGAAGGAGAAAGAGUUGGAAGAGGUCAAGAAGCAAGUGCAAUUUCUGGAAAAGCACGCGCAGACAGCUCAGGAAGAAGCUAUAGCUCUGGAUGAGAGGAUGGCGCAGGCGCUUGCCGAGAGGGAUAAGGCAUUGGAGGAGAAGGAAGCAGCGGUUCGUCGAAUGUCAAGCUUGGCAGAAGCAGUGCGAAGAGGCAAAGAUAGAACGAGCCAGGGCGGAUGA